AUGGACAAAAGAUCGUAUUUAACUAAGCUAAUUGAACCAAAUGAGUAAUUUUACAUGCUAUUAAUAGAUGUGAUGAUGUACUGUAAAUACAAAAUAUUAAAUGAUGAGACCUCAGCAAACGACUCAUCAAUUGUUGAUUUACUUAAAAAAUCAAAGAACUCAUUAAUAAAAUUAUUACAUUAGCCAGAGUAUAAAAGUCUAAUGGCUCAAAUUGCUUUGUCUGAAGAAUCAAAAUAAAAAAAUAAUAAUUAAAAUCCAUUUACAGAACUGAAUGUAAAGCAAAUGAAUUCCGGACAUUAAGGAGUAAAGCCUGAGGGAGCCUUAAAUGAAUACGAAAAUUUAGACGAAAAUUAGCAGUUAGCCACUGCUGAAGAUAUGGGUGAUGAGAGCUUAGAUGAAGCAAAACCACCUUCAAUCGAUAAUUUUAGUUAGCAAGCAAAUUAUAGUUUUGAAGUGGGAGCAUAGAGAUCAUAAAACAUUUAAGGUCUAAUGAAACUUAUUUCUUCUCUAACAAUGAUAGGUGCAAUGCUUUUAUAAGUAGGUGCUUCUGUAGAAUGUGAAGAAUGCUAUGUGUACUACAUUGCAGUUAUUGAGAGUAUCUAUGGUUAAAACUGCCUUAAACUAGGACAAGCAUAUUAUCUUUUAGGCAUAUUUUAUGAUUAACAAGAAAGCUUUGUUAAAGCAUUGAUUUGUUUGAUGAAAUCUCAUGAUAUAUUGAAAGAGCAUCUCGGAUCUAUUCAUAAAACUGUAGGUGACUGUUUAUUUGCCAUGGCCUUAGCAUAGCAGUAUUUAAAAUAAGCGGAAAAGGUAUACACUGAAGGUAUUGGCAAUAAAAAUUUGAGGAUUUCUAAAAUUUUUGAAGAAAUGGGAAAAAUAAAUAUAUUGAGGAAAUGUUAUAACGAAGCUUAUGAUAAUUUGAGAUAAUGCUUAUUAAUUAAAAAGGAACUCUUUAGAUAUAAGCCAGAUUGUAAAGAAGUUGUUAGAGUUUAAAGAUUCAUUGGGGGUUUAUUAGCAAUUCUAGAAGUUGAAGGAAAUAUAGUAGAAAAUAAUUUAUUAAAGAGUAAAAUUAAAGACAAUAUUGAAAAGGAAAAAUCAAAGGAUAAAGAUGAAAAAGAAAAAUUGAAUAAAAUUAAUUAAAUUCUAAAAAAGACUGAUGAGAAUAGUCAAAAGGAUUAAAAGGCUAUUAAAGAUGAAGAUAAGCAAUUGAUUGAUAUGAUAGCAAAGUCUUUAUAAUCUAAGAAGACCAGAAAAGUUGAAGAUUUUGUUGAUGAAAAGAUAUUACCUAAGAAUAGAUUAGAAAAGUUAUUUAACCAAAGGGCUCAUCAUAUUGAGUUAGAUGAGAUUGAAUAUUAGAUACUUUUAACAUUUUCUCUGCUCUUGACUCUAAAUUCUUAAUAAAAACACUCAUUAGUUGACAUCAACAAAGUUGAGAAUAAGAUACCCUUCUUAACCAUUUAAUUCAUUAGAUCUCUUGAUCAAACUCAAUAAACUAUUCUACUCCAAUCUGGAUUAUUUUAUCAAAAGCUAAACUAUAACUAUGUUGACAACCUUCCUCUACUGAUAUAUGAUAUAAAAAAGCAUUGUAAGAAUUUCUUCGAGCGAAGUAGAGAGGAGUGGGAAAUGGAGCAGAUGCUGGUAGAAAUAAUUUAAUCUCCCAAAAUGAAGACAUAUAAUCUUAAUUUGACUCAUUCCUAACUUAAAGCUUUUGAAAGUAUAUUAAAGCAUGAGUUGCCUUUGAAAUUUCUUAUUUAUAUGUUUGAAGAAAGACAGAAAAAAGCCAUCUUAGAGAUGCUAUUCAUUGCGAUAUUUUCUGAUUCAUCGAAUGAAGAGGCACAUGAAUGCUUCAAGAUAUUCAAUCUUUAUAUAUGGUAUUUUCAUCUAUUCGAUGACUUUCAGAACGAAUACUUAGAUAAGCUGUUUCCAAAGAACUAGACAGAUGAGGAAUCAGAUUUCUAUCAUUAGCUUUUGACAAAUUUAAUAAAUAGCUUAUAAAUUUAAGAUAAGAUAAAAGUUCUCCAGAUUAAUGAAAAAAUUCUUAACAGACUGACAUUUGAGCAGCUUUUGCUUUACAAAUAAAUCAAGAUAGCCCCUAAUAAAUAAGAUUAACUUUUAGCAUUCUUGAAUUUGAUGGAUGAAAAAGAAUGCUACUAAAUUUAUACAGAUUACAUUGUGAAUUAGAAAAGAACUUCUUCAAUCAAGAAAUCUUUGAAGCAAUUAACAUUCUCGACUAAAUAUAUCUUCUAAAUUGAAAUUAAGUAAAAGCUGACUACUAUUGAUGAGGGACCAUUAGAUCUUGGCAAAACAAGAACUAUUAAUCAUUCACAACAGACAGCUUAGUUUGUUCUAAAUCAGCUUCAAACUCCUCAGUUGGAUCACCUCCAAAGUGUCAUAGAGGUAAGUGAUAGAGAUUCAGCCCAACUAACUAAAGAGGAACUGAUUCUCUUGAGACUAAAUAGACUUUCAAAGUAAAAUGAAGAUAUGUCCCCUACUAAAUUAAGUGGAAUUUAAUAGCUUAGUGACAUUGGAGAUAAUUUUGGAAUGAGGUUCCUAAGUAGCAACUAUGAAGAAAUGCAUUUGCUAAGAGAUAUGAAUUCUUCUAGUAUCAAAGAAGCAGUAGCAGAGAUGGAUUAAUUCCUACUAAGAUAAAAUGAAAGCAUGAAAAAUUUAUCAAAAGACUCAAUCAUGAACAUCAAUAAAAAGGCAUUAGAUGAGUCGUCAGUGAACAUGUCAGUCUAUUCCAGAGAUGCCGGCACUUCUAUCUUAGUUAACAGGCUAAUUGAUAACAGGAUGCUUGAACUUUAGAACAUUUCAAUGAGAUCUAACGAUAACGGCAACCAUUUGACUAGCUAGCAGCAGUACAUGUCACAACUAACCUUAUUCAAUCUUAAGAAUGAUUCAUUUAGAGGAGUUUCAACCCAGGAGCUUGAUGAGUCCUUGAUUUCAGCCAGAUCCUCUAAACAUAUAGCAAACCCAACAACCAAGAGAAUCUCUUAAGGCUUUGACUCCUUCAAAAAAAAGAAUAAUAUGCUUGUUGAUGAAGAGUUGAGGGUAUUUGUAGGGCUAUAUUAGAAAAAAGAUGCGUCUCUUAACUUUGACAAGCUAAAGAAGUCAUUCUUAUUUAUGGAUGAAAAUCUUGUAGACUACAUGAGGAUAUUUGUAUUAGAAGCUCAGGGUAUCACUGAUAACAUUGAAGAACAUGGAUUUUCCAUUGUAGACUUUGAGAAGCUAAAGCUGCAGGUUCCUAGGCUACUGACUAGAGUAAAUACAUUGUUCCUUGAGAUUCACAUGAUUCCAUUGAUGAAGGAGAUAGAGUAGAAUUGUUCACAAGUAUUAGAAUCAGUAAACGAAGUUGUAAGCAAUAGCGUAAUUGUAGAAAAGACUAUUACAGACAUUUACAAUUUCAUCCAAAGAAACAAGAAUUAAGUGUCAUAUAUGAAGCCUCUCAGUGAAAUGCUUGGUGUUGUCAUUAGCCCAGCAAACGAAAGGUACAUAAACGAGUAUGCAUUUUAAAGACUAGAUAAUGAUGAAUUUGUAAGAAUAUUGAAUUAGAAUUUCAAAAGCCUAAUGACAUUAUGCAAGGAUAAGCAAGGAAAUCUGAUUGAUGAGAUGAGUAAAAUGACUUAAAACUUUAGAAUCAAAAUCAGAGAACUCGAGUAAAAAUUCAUCAGUUUCAAUUUUUAUAGAAUUAAUAUUCAAGCAGCCUUCAAAGAUGGUGAUAGUCAUUUCUGCAAGAAAUUCACGAAACUGCCUAAGAAGGGACUCAAAAUUUAAGAGAAGACGACUGAGAUUCUAGCAAAGACAAAAGAAGACAUUAAGAAAUUAGAUGCUGUCUUCAAAGCCCCUCAAAAUAUUAAUGGAACUACUCCAUAUAAUGAAAAUGCCAGAUAUGAAAAUAUGCUAGCAUAUUAUAGGCUUUUGGAACUUAUGAACAAAACAUUAUAUCAAUAUCAAUGA